AUGAUUAGUGCCGGAGAUGAAGACGACCCGUUCCCUGCUGACGACUGUCUGUUCGCUGAAACAUUUUCUCAGGAUAAUGUUUAUAAUUUAAUAGGUCAAGAGCUGAAGAUAAGACAGCUGUUCGGUGCCAACCUCGGCGUGGCUGCCCCGGUGUGGGAGGCUGCUUUACACCUGUGUGGUUACUUGGAGGAGCAGUCUGUGGAGUUUAAAGGAAAGCGCAUCAUAGAGCUGGGAGCAGGGACUGGUGUGGUCGGUAUUGUGGCAGCACGCCUAGGUGCAGUUGUGACCCUUACGGACCUUCCUUUGGUCAUUCCACAACUUGGGACCAAUGUCUCUGCAAACAUGCCGUCCAGUGGUUGGCCCUCUGCCCCUCCCACCAUCCUCCCUCUGUCCUGGGGUGAGGACCACAUGAACUUCCCCUCUGACUGGGAUCUGGUGCUUUGUGCAGAUAUAAUUUACCUCCCGGAGACAUACCCACUGCUUUUGGAGACACUUGCUCAUUUGUGCAAGAGCGGUGCUGUGGUAUAUCUCUCGUCAAAAAUGCGAAAAGAGCACGGAACGCCAGGUUUCUAUGAAGAAUAUCUGCCCAGCAGAUUUAAUGUUAAGCUUGUGCACCGUGACGACAAACAAAACAAUAAUAUCUACAGGGCAGCUCUAAGGAAAGACCAGUGACAGACUCCUGCAGGCCUGGGAUUUGGAUUAGUUACUGCACUGAGACCAGUUGUGGUUCUGAUUCCUAGGAUGCCUUUUUAAAAGAAUAAAAAAGUGAAAGCAGUGAAUGCAAAACGCACAGCUCUCAGAAAAAAAAACUCAUUUGUUGUCAGUAUUGAGUUUUAAAUCAUAAUCUGUUUUAAUUUGAGCCACACAGAGCAGAUGAUAAACUUAUUUUCAGUCAGAUCAGAGCUGAGGUUACUGAAGAAGCACCACAUAGUUUAACUAUGUUGAACAACUACUUCUUGUUUACAUAAUUGAGCAUCAGUUUGUUCAAAUAAAGGGUUACUUUAUUUAUAUAUUUAUAUGGCUAUUAUGUUGACCAUUU